CAUUUAUUUUGAGAUGAAUGGAGUAGAUAUAAAGUUUAAUUAUUUGUAGGGCCCGUUUGAUAGAGCGUAGUACCUUAUAUAUAUAAAUAUAUUACAUGACUGUAUAUAAUAAUUCUCAAAAAAAAAGUUAUAGGUGAGGUUUUUAUGCGUCUAACGAACCGUCCACAGGAAGUUGAGCACUCGAACUGCUCGUUUGAGCAUGGCAACGAUGUCUUUGUACGGGCCUCAGUAGUUGUGUACUUGUGUUGCCGCAACUUUUAGUUCUUUGCUUCUCCGUGUGAGUUGGUUUUCCUCAAUUAAUUGCGCAGUUGUAAGGUUUUUGACCUGGUUUUCCUCCUAAACUAGAUCAACUCUCUUCUUAUUAUUGAAAGCAGAAGCUUCCUGCCCUCUUUUGAGGUUUGCCACAAAAGAGUAGGUGAGGUUUUGAAAAGAAACUCUGAGAGCUUCUAGACGUUUCCAUAGUUUUUGUCCAAGUUGUGACAUUGAAAAUGAGGGGUAUGACUAGACACAUGUGGUGGUUGCAAGCACUGAGCAGAGAACCAGGAGGAGAUGAAUCCGGCUAGCAUCUCUUUACUUGGUUCCGUCUUCUCAAAUCUCAUUCACAAGAAGAAAAAAAAAGAUUGCCUCAACGACCUCGUCGUAUCGUGCUAACUAUGGAUCACCUAGGCGAAGGGAGAAGGUGAAGGAUUCGACAAAUUAAGGUGCCACUCACAGAAGCUAAGCACUGGGGCAGAUUAGCACUAUCCAUCAGUUCAAAGCUGCUGCUGCCUGCUGCUGCGCAUAGCUUGUUCUCAACUCUCAAGCAUGGAGCUGGUUACAGGGGUGAUGGGCAGUCUGCUCCCCAAGCUGGGUGAGCUUCUCAAAGACGAGUAUGACCUGCAGAGGGGCUUGAGAGAGAAGAUCAAGUCUCUCUCCCGGGAACUCGAGAGCGUGCACGCUGUCCUCCGAAAGGUCGGCGCGGUGCCAUCGGAUCAGCUCGAUGAGCUGGUCAAGCUCUGGGCACGUGAUGUCAGGGAGCUGUCCUACGACAUGGAGGACAUUGUUGACAUGUUCUUCGUGCGCUUCAAUGACGGUCAUGAGUCCGAUGACCCACGUGUGCUCAGGCGCUUCCGCAAGAAGAUGAGCAAACUGUUCAAGAAAGCCAAGGAUCGCCGCGAGAUUGCUGGCGCGAUACAAAGAAUCAAUGAGAAGCUCUAGGAGGUGUCAAAUAGGCGUGCCAGGUACAGAGUCGACAGCUUUGUCACCAAACCUGCAGGUCCAGUGAGCAUUGAUCCUCGCCUUCAGGCUCUGUACAAAAGGUCAACAGAGCUUAUUGGCGUUGAUGGACCAAUGGACAAGAUCAUAAACAUGCUAUCACCUUGGAAUGAUAUUCAUCUGUCUGAUAAGAAGAAGAUCAUCUCAAUUGUAGGAUUUGGAGGACUAGGAAAGACCACCCUUGCCAAAGCAGUUUAUGACAAGCUUAAACCAGAUUUCGAUUGUGGGGCUUUUGUUUCGGUCGGUCGGAAUCCUGACAUGGAAAAAGUUUUAAGGGACAUUCUGAUUGAUCUUGACAAGCAAAAGUAUAAGCAUUCAAUUAUAAUGACAUUGAAUGAAAGGCAGCUCAUCAACGAAAUCAAGGAUCUAGUCGAGAAAAAGAGGUGCUUUAUUGUUGUUGACGACAUAUGGGAUAAGAAAUCAUGGGAACUGAUAAAAUGUGCACUGCAAGAUAGUAAUUGUGGAAGUAUAGUUGUCGCAACUACUCGUAUUUCCGAAGUUGCCAUGCAUGUCGGUCAUGUUUACAAAAUGGAGCCACUUUCUCUUGAUGACUCCAAAAAAUUGUUGUAUGCAAGAUUAGCUGGUGCUCAAGGCAAGUGUCUGAAUAUACCACCAGCUGUGGCAUGUGAAAAAAUUUUGAACAAAUGUCAUAGUGUGCCAUUAGCCAUAACUACAAUAGCUAGUUUGCUGGUGAACAAACCAGAAGAGGAUUGGUCUGAGGUGUACAAUUCUAUUGGUUUUGGUCAUGAAGGCAAUAAUGAUGUAGAGAAUACUAGAAGGAUAUUGUCUUUUAGCUACUAUGAUCUGCCUUCACAUCUAAAGGCUUGCCUAUUGUAUCUAAGCAUAUUUUCUGAAGAUGUUGAGAUCGAUAAAAAUAUUUUGAUAUGGAAAUGGAUAGCUGAAGGUUUUGUUCAAGACGAACAAGCAGCAGGGGUAGAGUUAUUUGAGCUUGGAGAGGGUUGUUUCAACGAGCUGAUAAACAGAAACAUGAUCAUGCCAGUGGAGGUACAAUAUCAAGGGUAUCAAUCUAAGGCACGCUAUAAUGAAGGGUAUGUAUAUGGUUGCCGUGUCCACGAUAUGAUGCUUGAUUUGAUCUGUUCAUUGUCGAAGGAAAAAAAUUUUGUUACCCUGGUGGACAGCUAUGAGCAAGUGGAACUUCCGCUGAGCCAUGCUCGCAGGUUAGCCAUGCAGAGUAUGAGUAUUAAAGAGAUAAACCGUCUUCAGCUGCCUAAUAUGGGCAUGGAGCAAGUGAGGUCCUUUUUGGCUAAUCGUUGUUAUGGUAUUAGUUUGGCAUUCUCAGACUUUCGAGUGUUACGUAUAUUAGCUCUAGAAUAUUGUCAGGGCAAAAUUAAUUUGUCGCAUUUCAGGAGUUUAUAUCACCUGAGGUACCUGGGGCUAGUCAAUGCGGAAAUUACAGAGCUCCCCAAGGAAGUGGGAGAUCUGAUGUUUCUCCAGACAUUGGAUCUACGAGAAACUUCUAUACUGGAGCUGCCAGAAUCUGUGGGUCUGCUGACACAACUGUUAUGCCUAUAUGUUGAUCAUCGUACAUGGGCGCCAGUUGAUCUGAUCGGGAAGCUGACGUCCCUGCAAGAGCUGUGCAUAAGGCCUGCUUAUGCGUACGACAGGUUCUACGAUGACAAGGCCAAUGGUAUGAGACAGUUUGUGAAGGCGUUGGGCAGGCUGGGAGAAUUGAGGGUGCUCCAGACUCAGAUUGAUAUAUUGGAUGAUAGCAUGGAGAAAGAUUUGCUAGAGUCUCUAGACAAUCUGCAGAAGAUACGGUCCUUGGAAAUUUUGGGGGCAUCACGAGGGUUGAACGUCGAAUGGACUAGAACAGGAUUCAUUUCCCCUAGGCAUCUCCAGCGCCUGUAUUUGGAAUGCCUUGAGUUUUCUGGACUGCCUGCAUGGAUUAACUCGUCACUUCUUCCAAACCUCUCCUAUCUAAAUAUGACAAUGGAGGUUGUGCAAGAGCAGGACAUGGAAACCCUUGGGAUGUUUCCUAUACUCUGUUACCUAAAAUUAUAUUCGCGUUGUACAAAGCUAGUAAGCUUUAAGCAUACAAGCAAUGCAGGCUACUUCCAGAAGUUGAAAUCCUUCAAGAUUGUUGGUUCAUCAGUCAGGUUUGAUCUGAGUGGCUGCGACAUAGAAUCUUCUUUCAUGCCAAGCCUUGAAACCUUUGAGACUGAUGUCCAUGUACGCUUCCUAAAAGAUGCGAACAUGCUUGGUUUCGACAAGCUUGGCUUGGAGAACCUCCCUAGUUCGCUAAAGAGAAUCAUUGUUGUAAUCUGCUGUCGAGAUGCCAGUGGUGCAGAGGUUGAGGAAGCACAGGCGGCAUUGGAGCAUGCAACUGACAGCCAUGCCAACAGUCCUAAACUUACAAUUAUGAGAUAUGGAGUACAAAUUAAACGGCCCUUGUGAGUUUAUAUGUGCAGUAAUAUGUGAUGCACCGGAGGUGUACGAGUUGCUGGGGAGCUGCAGCGUUUGGAUCAGCAUGGUGAUGCAUGUGCUGCGCUAGCUACCGUGCUACGACUGAGGAGUUCCUGCUGUGCAUUCUGUACAUGCUAGACUGAUUUGAUCAUAUGAAUGUGGUAUUA